AGGUGAUCGCGCAGCCAGUGUCUGAAGACACUAUAUAAACAGACAGACGCACUUUCUAAAGCUCUUGUCUACCUGUAGUGACUAUAAUAGUGUUCUCUCUCUGACUGCGCUAGUACUCCGAUACUUAACCGGAAAUGAAGACUCUAGCUCUGCUGGUCUUCGUUAUCGCCUUCUUGGGGAGACUCAUCCAAGGGGGAACUUUGCCACAUCUUGCCUCUAAAUCCCGAGCGUGGGCAUUCGAACUAUCAGAGCCAUCGUCAAGGAACUUCCAGAAUAGAGCGGAAGUCAGGCUACCCAACGGCGAUGUCAUCGGUGUGUGGUCGAUCCUACUCCACGACGGGAUGAUCGAAACCAUAUCCUACAAUGCCACAGACGACGGAGGAUUCCAGCGCUCCGUCACUUACACUCCAGCUGGGGCGAACGUCGGUCAACCACAGGCGCUUACCAACUUCUUAUCAGAAAGGUUCAGGAAAAAUGCGCAGUCAACAUCCUGAAUUUUACGGGAGAAAAACUGGAAGUCAUAGUGUGAAGAACAUCCUAACUCCCAAUGGUUCUUGUUUGGGAAGUAUCGCUCCCUCCCUCAGAAUGGGUCCAACUUGUGUAUAGAAACUUGGAGAGUCGCAACCAUCUCAAGCUGCUUGAGGCACAUGUAUAAAGUCUACUGAGGAUAUCUCAGGACUACGGGUAUAAGAGUGGACUGUAUUUAAGGAUCAAGGCAAUGGACAACACAAGGCACUGGUCAAAAAUGUGCUACUAUGCUGUUACUGGAUAAUCAAAUACCAUGGAUAAUUAAGAAAUAAUAUAAUGUAAAUAAAACACUUACAAAA